AUGUACACCGGCUGUCCCGGGACCGGUAGCGCCCAAGCGGGCCGAGGGGCCUCAUGUCAGGGAUGCCCUAACCAGCGGCUGUGCGCUUCAGGAGCCGGUGCCGCUCCAGACCCGGCCAUAGAGGAAAUCAAAGAGAAAAUGAAAAACGUGAAACACAAAAUCUUGGUGCUGUCUGGGAAAGGUGGCGUCGGGAAGAGCACGUUCAGUGCACACCUCGCCCAUGGCCUGGCAGAGGAUGAAAACACGCAGAUUGCUGUUCUAGACAUUGAUAUAUGUGGGCCAUCAAUUCCCAAGAUAAUGGGAUUAGAAGGAGAACAGGUUCACCAGAGUGGCUCGGGCUGGUCUCCUGUGUAUGUGGACGACAACUUGGGUGUGAUGUCGGUGGGUUUCUUGCUUAGCAGUCCCGAUGACGCCGUGAUCUGGAGAGGACCGAAAAAAAAUGGUAUGAUCAAGCAGUUCCUCCGCGAUGUGGACUGGGGGGAGAUCGACUACCUCAUCGUGGACACGCCGCCCGGGACGUCCGACGAGCACCUCUCAGUCGUCCAGUACCUCUCGGCGGCACACAUUGAUGGAGCUGUGAUAGUGACCACCCCCCAGGAAGUAUCACUGCAGGAUGUCCGCAAAGAAAUCAGCUUCUGCCGCAAGGUGAAGCUGCCCAUCAUCGGGGUAGUGGAGAACAUGAGCGGCUUCAUCUGCCCUAAGUGUGAGAAAGAAUCACAGAUUUUCCCUCCGACAACUGGAGGCGCCGAGCUCAUGUGCCAGGCCCUGAAGAUCCCCCUCCUUGGCAGAGUGCCUCUGGAUCCACAAAUAGGGAAGAGUUGUGACAAAGGACAGUCUUUUAUGACGGAAGCCCCGAACUCGCCAGCCACGCUAGCCUACAGAAGUAUAAUCCAAAGAAUUCAAGUGUUUUGUAGUCCGCACCCUUCACACCAGGAGGAGCUCGUCGGCUCCUGA